AAUGACUCCAUGUAUUAUUCGGGUUGUAAAGUGAACACAGAAGACAUUCUGAGGUGAAAAAGCGGUUCUUUAUUCGUGUUUGUCAAUGAAAAAGCCCCGAUGUUCCUGAUCCUGGAAGAGGAAACGCGGGAAUCCGCCAUUGCUGCCGGUGUUCUUCCACACACACACCGGGAUGACGUAGCAGCCGCGCUGCUUCAACACCGAGCCUUCAAGCGACUUCCGGUCACACUAACUUCAUAUUCCUGACGUUUAAAGUUGACUUGGUGAGCUUUUUGGUUGUUUUUUAACCCAAAAGUCCCCGCUCCGGCACUAUUUUAUGGAAUAAUCGCCGGUGAGGGAUAUCCCUCCGCCGGGGCGCGAGUACCCGGAUGUAGAAUCAUGGCCGGAAUCGUGGCCAGACUGCAGCAGCUUCAGCAGCAGCAGCUUCAGACCCUUGAGCUUCACGGAGGAUUCAGAAACCUGCGACGAUGGAAGACGUCUCGACCCCGGACGAUUCUGCCGCCGGACCCUGCGACCCGCCGGCUCCCGGGGAGGAGAAAGUGAAGGAGGAGCCGCCGCCCAACCAGGACGACCCCCCCCUGAACAAUCAUGGGGUUUCCUCCAGGACUGACCCCCCCCUGAAGGAUCAUGGGGUUUCCUCCAGGACUGACCCCCCCCUGAAGGACCAUGGGGUUUCCUCCAGGACUGACCCCCCCCUGAACAAUCAUGGGGUUUCCUCCAGGACUGACCCCCCCCUGAAGGAUCUUGGGGUUUCCUCCAGGACUGACCCCCCCCUGAACAAUCAUGGGGUUUCCUCCAGGACUGACCCCCCCCUGAAGGACCAUGGGGUUUCCUCCAGGACUGACCCCCCCCUGAACAAUCAUGGGGUUUCCUCCAGGACUGACCCCCCCCUGAAGGACCAUGGGGUUUCCUCCAGGACUGACCCCCCCCUGAAGGACCAUGGGGUUUCCUCCAGGACUGACCCCCCCCUAAAGGAUCAUGGGAUUUCCUCCAGGACUGACCCCCCCCUGAAGGUGUUGUCCGGGACCCAGCAGGGGGCGGUGUUCUCCGGGAAGAUCCUGAGCUUCGGCUGCUCGGUGUGCAAGGACAGCUCCACCUUCAGCCCCAACGACCUGCUGAAACACUUCACGGCCGCCCACCAGGGGGCGCUGCCCACCUACCCCUGCGACCUGUGCCACUUCGUCACCCACGAGUUCCCGGCGCUGCAGCAGCACCGCAUCGGGCACCGCAACACGCUGGUGACCUGCGAGCUGUGCGGCGACGACGUGCAGUACUCGCUGCUGCUGCUCACGCGCCACUACGUGGUUAGCCACAGCACCAACGGCCAGUUCCGCUGCGACUGGUGCCACUUCUGCACGGCGGACGCCGGCACCUUCGUGCAGCACAUCCACCACCACAACGAGAGCCACUGGAGGUGCCACAAGUGCCGGCACGUCAGCCUGGGCGAGGACGAGCACCGGGCGCACCUGAAGGGCCACUCGGGCGUCUUCCCCUACACCUGCGCCUUCUGCGGCUACGGCGCCGCCCGCAGCGACUACCUGAAGAAGCACAAGGCCACGGUGCACAAGGACCUGAUGGGGCGGCGGGUCGGCUGGAGGCCCGGCGAGGAACCGCCGCUCAAGGCGGGCGAGACCAGGAACAACGGCCUGAACGGCCGGCCGGUCAAACCCGAGCCCAACCCGGAGGAGAAUCACUUCCUGGACGGAUUUGUUGCCAAGAAAGGAGGCCGGCACUUCCCGGAGCAGCCGGCGCCGGUCGUGCUGCAGGACGGCGAGAACUCGUCCGGCUCGGACGCCGAGGGCGGCCACCCCAACGGACUCACGGUGCUGAUGGUGAAGAACAAGAUCUCGCUGCCGCCCAACUGCACCACCAAAGUCAUGGGCUUCAAGAUGGUGGACGGCAAGAAGCACCUGGUGCUGAAGGUGAUCCCGAGCGCCAAGCCCGACCCGUCCGGCCCCGACGCCGGCGUCGACAAGGAGCCGCUGGAGAACGGGCAGCACGCCGACGCGUCCGGCACCGGCCAGGACAACGUUGUGGCCGUGAAGGUGAAGGUGGAGGAGGAGGAAACCUCCGUCUGCAGCUUUGACUCGGCGCUGCGCUCCGGCGACGCCGCUGACGCCGGCCGGCCGACGGAGCGACCGCCGGGUCGACCCGGCACCGACGCGUCUCUCACGGACACUAAGGACUACCACCACUUGAACAAUAACGGCACCGAUAGAGUCAAGGGUGACAGUAAUUCGGCCGAUGAGACGUUUGACUCUGAUAAAACCAGAGCUCCGCCCACAGGGGGCGGGGCCAAGGCCGCUAGCUUAGCCGCUAGCUUAGCCCCCCCUUCACAUCAGGAAACGCUGCUGCCCAAAUCAAGUCUAGAGAACUGCCGAGCGUCGGAGGAAUCGUCCCCGAGUGACGACGACGGCAAAAAUCCUCCGGCCAACCAAAUCCUGCUGACGGGUCUGGACUCGCCGCCGUCCCAGUUGUCGGGAAAAGCCUCCGCCGCCGCCGCCAACCAGGAGGUGUUCACCUUCCACAACUACUCCAAGGAGACGUUCAGCACCGCGCUCAGCAACCUGGACUCAACCGACGACAGAGACGACAGAGACUCAGCGUGGGAGUCGUCGCAGCUCAACCUGACGCUGGCCGAGUCGCCCGAGUCCUCGCCGCGCAGCGAGCCCGACGGCGACGAUGAACCGCCGACGGAGGAGAACCCCGACUCCGUCCUGCAGGAGUUCAACAUCAUCAAAGUGGAGGAGGAGAACAUUCCCGUCUCCACCAAACCUCCGGAGCCAAAGAGAAGCUCCAGCUCGGUGGGGAAGUUCGUGGUGGAGCAUUCGGAGGAAAUCAUCCACCAGCAGCUGAGCAAGGAGAGAGACGCCCAACCCACAACCGUCCGGCUCCUGCAGCCGCCGGAGAACCGGCUAGCCGCGCCGACGACCCCGACCACCGGCUUCAAGCUCAUCACCAACUCCUCCAACCCCCAGAUCAACGUGACGCGCCUGAACUCGGGGGUGGAGCGGUCGCGUAAGGCCAAGCUGCUGGGGAUUCCUGCCGCGCGGCUCCGGGCCGCGGAGAACGGCACGGCCCGGGUCUCGGGCGUCGCCCCCAACCACUACCUGAUCAACAGCCACGGAUUCAAGAGCCCAGUCCUGCUGUCCAAGGCGCUCGCCGGCGCGGCCAGAGACAGAACGGCAAAGGCCCAGCCGACGUGCUACCUGGUGCAGCGGUCGCUGCCCUUCGUCCAGGCGCCGCCGGGGACGUCGGGGCUCAAGCUGGCCGGCACGGCCAUGAAGCCGGUCCUGGCCAUGCCGGUGGGCUCGGCCGACAAGCCCGGUGCGCUGCCGGCCGGCCGCCAGGCCUUCCUGCUCCGCUACGUCUCCGCGCCCAAAUCCGUCCUGAACAAGGCGGAGGGGAAGACGGCGGCGGCCAACGGCGACGGCGCCGCCGGUGCCGGUAAGGUGAUAUUUAAGAUCGUCACCCCGACCGGUGCCGGCCUCCUGAAGGCCGGGCCCAACGCCGCCGGCGCUGCGCCGUUGUUCCUGGCCACGCGGCCGCAGUGUUUCCUGCUGGCCAACAAGCCGGCGACCGCCGGAGUGAAGGCGGUCGUCGGCAUAGAGAACGAGCGGAAAGACGCGGUGCCGUCCCGGGUCAACGGGGCGGAGCCGCCGCCGCCGGGCGAGGCGGAGCGACUGCUCGCCGUCCGGCCGCCCAGCCAAAGGAAACGCCGCAGGAACGCUUUGCUGGACGACCUCCCCCCCGCGGUGGCCGCGGCGCACAAGGCCCGGCGGCUCCAGAACAAGGGCCCGGCGGAGGUGGAGCCGGAGCCAUGGAGGCCGGUGCCCAAAGACACGGAGAGGACGCUGAGACUCGCCCCGGUCCGGCCCGGCCAGCCGGUCCGGUGUCCGCGGAGACACCAGCCCGUGGUGGUGCUGAACCACCCGGACGCCGGCGGGCCCGAGGCCGCCGCCAUCAUGAGGGUGGUGACCCGCUACCGCGGCGCCGUCGCCAAGGUGGCGCUCUGCCCCCGGACGGUGCAGGCACUGGCCGGGCCGGCCGGCGGGGGCGGGCCGGCCGGGGGGGACGGGGCAGAGCCGGACCCCCCGGACCACCUGGACCACCCGGACCCCAGAACCUCCAGGGCCCCCCGGAGCUCGGUCCGGGAACGGUUCCUGCUCCGGCUGAAGCUCAGGAAGAAGAGCAGGAAGAAGUACGAGGUGGUGGAGACGCCGCCGGGCCGGAGACCCGGCUCCGGCUCCGCCGGGUUCGGCUGCUGGUUCUGCGGACGGAUCUUCAGCAACCAGGAGGACUGGAUCGGACACGGCCAGCGCCACCUGAUGGAGGCGACGCGGGACUGGAACCAGCUCUGCUAGGACCGGGACUGGAACCAGUUCUACUAGAACCAGGAACCAGUUCUACUAGGAACCUGGACCUACACUGCAAAAACAAAGAAUAUUUGUCUGAUUUCUAGUUAAAAUGUCUCAUUUUUAGUCAAAUAAAUCUCAUUCCACUUAAAACAAGACACAUCACUGUUUCAAGUAAAUUUUCACUUAAAAUAAGUAGAAAAAUCUGCCAGUGGAACAAGAUUUAUCUUCUCAUUACAAGCAAAAAAACCUUGUUCCACUGGCAGAUUUUUCUACUUAUUUUAAGUGAAAAUUCACUUGAAACAGGUGAAAAUGGUCAAAUAAAACAACAUUUUGUCGACAUUUCAACUUUUUUCAUAAAAUUUUUGACUUUUUUUUCUCAAAAUUUAAACUUUUUUUCUGGACAUUUUGACUUUUUUUCUCAAAAUUUCACAAGUUGAAAUUUUCACCUGUUUCAAGUAGAUUUUCACUUAAAAUAAGUGGAAAAAUCUGCCAGUGGAACAAGAUUUUUUUGCUUGUAAUGAGAAGAUAAAUCUUGUUCCACUGGUAGAAUUUUUUUACUUAUUUCAAGUGAAAAUUUACUUGAAACAGGUAAAAUUGUUGUUUUUUCAGUCUUGUCUUAAGUGUAAUGAGAUUUUUUUUACUUAAAAUGAGACAUUUUAACUAGAAAUAAGACAAAUAUUCUUAAGAUUUUGAGUUUUUGCAGUGUAGGAACAUCUGGUGCUCCGGGGGGAACCAACGCCUCCCUGUCCCCCGGGGGGGGAACCAACGCCCCGGGGGGAGCCUUGUGUCCCGGGGGGGGAGCCUUGUGUCCCCGGGGGGAACCAACGCCCCGGGGGGAGCCUUGUGUCCCGGAGGGGGAACCUUGUGUCCCCGGGGGAACCAACGCCCCGGGGGGAGCCUUGUGUCCCGGGGGGGGAGCCUUGUGUCCCCGGGGGGAACCAACGCCCCGGGGGGAGCCUUGUGUCCCGGAGGGGGAACCUUGUGUCCCCGGGGGGAACCAACGCCCCGGGGGGAGCCUUGUGUCCCGGAGGGGGAACCUUGUGUCCCGGGGGGAACGUACGCCCCGGGGGGAGCCUUGUGUCCCCGGGGGAACCUUGUGUCCCUGCAGACUGAGUGUUCGUAUGUUUUAAUAGGUUCACGUGGGGACUUUAUGGACUUUCUGGACGACUAACUGCAGUUUUACUGUCUGAUCCAGCUGGAACUUUACUGUAACUGUAACUGCAGAGUUGGAUCAAUUACUCAGGUAGCUUCAUAUAAAUCUUCUUAUUUGUAUUUUCACCACAACUUUAAAAGAAUAAAAGGCAUAGGUCUA